UUUGUGUCAGGAACCUCAAGUUCAUCAGGAUAAAAUGUCUCGGAGGUAUGAUUCAAAGACCACCAUCUUUUCGCCCGAAGGGCGUCUGUAUCAGGUGGAGUAUGCCAUGGAAGCCAUAGGACAUGCAGGUACAUCAUUGGGGAUCUUGGCUUCAGAUGGAGUGCUUCUGGCUGCAGAAAGGAGGAAUACUCACAAGCUUCUGGAUGAUGUCGUGUUCUCAGAUAAAAUCUAUAAACUCAAUAGUGACAUGGCAUGCAGUGUCUCAGGAAUCACAUCAGAUGCUAACGUCCUCACAAGUGAACUCAGGCUUGCAGGUCAAAGAUAUUUCCUCCAGUAUCAAGAAAACAUUCCCAAUGAACAGCUAGUCAGCACGUUAUGUGACAUCAAGCAGUUUUACACACAGGCAGGAGGAAAGAGACCGUUUGGUGUGUCUAUUUUAUACAUGGGAUGGGAUAAACACUAUGGUUUUCAGCUUUAUCAGAGUGAUCCAAGUGGAAACUAUGGAGGAUGGAAAGCCACUUGUAUUGGAAACAACAGUGCAGCUGCUAUCUCUAUGCUAAAGCAAGAAUACAAGGAAGGUGAUACAAAUCUCAAGGAUGCAUUAGCACUGGCUGUCAAGGUGCUAAGUAAAACAUUAGAUAUGACCAAGCUUACUCCAGAGAAAAUUGAAAUUGCUACACUAACGAGAGAAGAUGGCAAGACAAUGAUCCGCAUCCUCCCAGUAGAAGAACUCCAGAAGCUCAUCAAGGAACACGAGGAGAGAGAGGCUAAGGCAGAAGCAGAGAAGAAGAAAGAAAAGGAGAAAUAAUGUGUAGCUUCAAAAUAGUCAUAUUCAUGUGUAGAUUAAGUAGCUUCUGUACAGUUAACCCCUUGGGGUACAAGAAUCUGGUGGUCAUCUUGAUAUAUCUUUUGGAAUUAGUGAAUUCAAUGGGUUCCUGUCGCAUGAGACAUACUAUUAAUGGUAAUGGCCAUGGUAAUAUCUCUUUGACAGCUGAUCAAAAUCUGGGAAAUCUUGAAAGUUUCCAUAUGUGGCAAAGUUACCAUGAUGCUAUGUUUGAAUGCAACAGGUCCAGGUUGAGAUUUUCCAAAGAUCAUGUGGAUCAUUUAUCUCCUUCAGUAUAACUGAAGAGGUACUCUUUGUCUUAUAACUAUCCCUUUUGGAUGUUUCACUCAAGUAAUCUUCACUCUUCCAACAGAAGUGGAAUCAGAAUGCCUUUUACCCAUUUAAUGGCGGGGGGGGGGUGAAAAGGAGACAGAAGGAUAGAUGUACAAUUGUGAGGAAGUCUAUCAACCUGGUAAACCCUUUCAAAAGUUGUAAUACUUUCUCUGUGAAAGCAGAAUACUUCUCAUUUUGCAGUCAAAUGGAAUGUUUCUUUUUGAUGUAGCAUUGUAUUUUACUACCAUUUUACAUGAAAUGCCAUCCAAUAUGAUUUGUAAUCAAACAUAUGCUUGAGCAAUGCUCUUGAGGAUUGAUGAACUCCCCUUUCAAUUUGACUGAGCAAUACUAUGUAUUCUGUAGAUUAAGGAUUAUGAUAUCUCUCACUUUCCAUAGUAGAAAAACUCUUUAUAAAUUUGUAAAACCGGUUGAAGAUUGUAGUCAAUCAUGCCCAAAAUGGGUCACGUGUGUGCCCUCUAUUUCAAUGCCAGCAUACACCAAAUGGCAACUAAUACCCAGCAAAACAUGUGGUCUGAAAUUGCAUAUGAUACUCAUGCAGAAGAGUGUAAGGUAUUGUGCACGAUUUUAUAUGCGGAGGCUACCAGAGGCAUGGACUCCACGAUGCAUACACACAAUCCACCUUUUGCUAGGCUUUGUAUGUAGCCAAGACGAUAUAAAAGAAGCUUGUGACUUUGCUCAAUUGGCUGACGUGAAGAUAAUUUGAAUAUGUAACUAUUUUCUGCCACAUAUAUUGUUGACCUGUUUUAUGAAACAGAUAAUGUGCAGGUUCAAGUUUGUGAUGUUAAAGGCUAUGUAGCAAGCAUCUCUGGUAUUUAUA